CACGAAUAUGACGGGUCGGUGUCGGGCGCCCAUUCUAAAACCCUCGUUCUUCGCACUCACUGCGCUUGGCUUUUGUCUUCCCUCUCUCCUAAAACCCUCGCCUCUGCAUUCCAUAGUUAGGGCUUUUCUUUCUUCUCAUCACUUCUUCAAUGGCCACUCUUCUUCUCAGACACUCCUCUUCCACUUCUCGCCGCCUCUUCCCCUUAGCCUCUCAAAUCCACUCUUCCGUAUCUCGUUCUCCUCUCUCUACUCCCAAUGACUCCACCACCUCCUCCUCCUAUUCUUUCAAUUCCCAUCCAUGGUGGAGAUCCAUGGCAACUUUCACCAGAACGAAGCCUCACGUUAAUGUCGGAACUAUUGGACACGUGGAUCACGGGAAGACCACGCUAACGGCGGCAAUCACCAAGGUGCUUGCGGAUGAAGGGAAGGCCAAGGCUGUGGCCUUUGAUGAAAUUGACAAGGCUCCUGAAGAGAAGAAGAGAGGAAUCACCAUUGCGACGGCUCAUGUGGAGUAUGAGACUGCCAAACGACAUUAUGCGCAUGUGGACUGCCCUGGACACGCGGAUUAUGUUAAAAAUAUGAUUACGGGAGCUGCCCAAAUGGAUGGUGGUAUACUUGUUGUAUCUGCACCUGAUGGACCAAUGCCUCAAACAAAGGAGCACAUUCUUCUUGCUCGCCAAGUUGGUGUGCCAUCUCUUGUUUGCUUUCUAAAUAAAGUUGACGCUGUUGAUGAUCCAGAGUUGUUAGAGCUUGUAGAGAUGGAGCUACGUGAGCUUCUGAGCUUCUACAAGUUCCCUGGGGAUGAAAUCCCGAUCAUCAGAGGUUCAGCCUUGUCUGCUUUACAAGGUACAAAUGACGAGAUUGGAAGACAAGCGAUUCUAAAAUUAAUGGAUGCUGUAGACGAAUACAUUCCUGACCCUGUUCGCCAACUUGACAAGCCUUUCUUAAUGCCAAUUGAAGAUGUGUUCUCAAUUCAGGGGCGAGGAACAGUUGCCACUGGCCGUGUUGAACAAGGCGUCAUUAAAGUAGGUGAAGAAGUGGAGGUGUUGGGUCUAAUGCAGGGGGGUCCUCUGAAAACAACAGUAACUGGAGUUGAGAUGUUCAAGAAGAUUUUGGAUCAAGGACAAGCGGGUGACAAUGUUGGUCUUCUUCUCCGUGGUCUGAAGCGUGAAGAUAUUCAACGUGGUCAGGUGAUUGCAAAGCCAGGUUCUAUAAAAACAUACAAGAGGUUUGAGGCAGAGAUAUAUGUACUCACAAAGGAUGAGGGUGGCCGACACACCGCAUUCUUCUCUAACUAUAGACCUCAGUUUUACUUGAGGACAGCUGAUAUCACUGGAAAAGUAGAGUUGCCUGAAAAUGUUAAGAUGGUUAUGCCCGGAGACAACGUUACAGCUGUGUUUGAAUUGAUUUCAGCAGUUCCACUUGAAGCGGGACAAAGAUUUGCCUUGAGAGAAGGCGGCAGAACAGUUGGUGCAGGUGUGGUGUCAAAAGUACUGAGCUAGUACCGUUCUCUGUGACUCAAGUUUUAGUCUACACAUUUGCUAAAAGGGAUUGGAAGCCCUGAGACCUGACUAUUUAUCCUGAAAAAUACAAACCAUGUGACAAGUAAUUAUCAUUUAGCGGUUGUGUUGGAUGAAGUUCGGUAAAUUGAGUAAAAUUUAGAAAAAUUAAUCUUCAAUGUUCAUUUUUGUAGUGCAUAAUUUUCAACAUGCCUUUGAUCACCGCAGACUUUUUCUGCUUUAUGAAAAAUAAUGUGUAUCUUGUGUUGCAACAGUCCGAGCCAUUGAUAUUGGAUUUUACAAAUCUUUUGUUUUUAAUAACGAUUUUCAUAUUGUUUGAACCUCUA